AUGAAGAAAGCCUUCACCUUCCUUCCCGGACAUCGCUCCAAUAGACAAGAUUCCGAAUCAGGCGAUACCAGUUCAACCCUCUUUAAGCGACGAGAACAGCUUCGAAAAGCUCAGCGCACGCACCGUCUGCGCAAGGAUCAGUACUUUAAGAACCUAGAAAGUGAAGUAUUGCGUCUACGCACAAAUGAAGUGAAUUUGGUCAUUCAAGUUCAGAAACUGCGUAAUCAGGUCGACGAACUACAGGGUAUUGUUGAUAUACAUGAGCAAUCCAGGCUCUCGGUUUCAUUUUGUGGUUUGAAGCAAACUGAAAACAUUGGAGCAGACCCGACUGCAGUCAAUACCCUGUUUCAAUCCCAUUGCGGUGUCAAACAUGGGAUUAGUUCCUGGGGACCCGAAGCGGGGAUGGGUUUUGAGGGGACCGAUUCGUUGGUGGACCCGUCUAGUAAAACCCUCUCCAACCACAUGAUGUUGGACCAGUCUCCAAAUCCCCAUGACCAGCUCGUUGGGUCAACAAACAGUCAACAGCCUGAUCCAUAUUUCCGUCCACCGACUCUUACUCCACCCGCUCAGCAAACCGGUUCACAGUCAAGAUGCUUUGAACACCCCUUCAAGCAAAGGAUGACUGACAUGGGUAUGGAGUUUGUCUUGGCACUCGAACAACCCUGUCUGCCCCACUUGGAGCGUCAGCCAGACAAGUCUAACGGCCAUGCUCUGCUUGCAUCCGCCACCCUCGUUCAUCCGCAUAAACACUUAUACACCCCGUCCACGUUGUCAAAACACGCCUCGUCACCUCAGAGUCCAGCGUUUAUCUUUGAUAAACUACUAGCCCUGUCUGAAGAGCUUGUUCUCGAUGAUGAGCUUAGCCCGACUCAAGCCUGGUGUCAUAUUGUCCAACAGUCGUGGGCAAAUAAGCUUGAUUCAGCUAUACUCCGAGAGUUGAGUGCGUCGCUUUUCAAGCUUAUCAAAUGUCAUGGGUUCGGUGCUGUGAUGAGGAGAGAUGCGUUCGAGGCUAUCUUAGUUCAAACUUCAUCGACCAUCAGCUAG